CGAACGCAAGAAGAUGUACUGGGAGCAGUUGGAGCUCCGUUGCCGGUCGCUGUAUCGCCCGCCCACGGCGCAGGCGCAAGCUGCGGGAAGGCCUGUACAGAGUAACUGCAGCUGUUGUGCACAGUGCCAUCCUACUCAGCCAGCGUGGGAUAUCAGUCUGCAACACCGUUUUUGGGCACCAGGUCGUAUUGGCAAUCUGUACUCACCAAAUCCAGGUACUGGUAGGAAGACAUCUGCUUGGAGUUGGUUCCCAUGGCCAAGGAGUAACAGUCAGAAUUCUCGUUGCCGGAUGGGUGGAGUACCCCAAUCAGGAGACAGUGCCUACGGCUUCUGUGACACAGACGCAGUCCCUCAAAACGCUCAAACCCCUUACGAAGAUCGCACCUACCCCUCAAACUACCCCCAACCUUUUCCACGUUCUCAAAACACCGGCAAUUUUGCCCAAAACUCAACGUACCCACAAAAUGCGAAUUCGUUUUCUCAAACAUCGAAUUCGUUUACUCAAAGCGCCACCCAGUACUCCCAAAACACGACGUAUCCUCAGAACUCAGGGUUUGUGCAAAGUGCGUCUUUUGCACAAAGUUCUCAGUUUGCUCAAUCUGGGUUUACACAGGAGGGCUUUGGGGAGGCUAGUGGGAGUUUUGACGCGCAAACUGGUGUGUGGGGGCCACCUCCUCCAUAUAGUCCUCAAGGGAGAAGUGGGAGCCGACAUCUCCUCCACCAAGACCCAGCAUCAGCAACCCUGCUACACCACCACCACAUCGAUGUUCACCGCAACUCCAUGUCCAUUCACGACCACUCAAACCUUCCUAUGCAGUCUCAUACAUGCCGAAACUCGUAUUUGUUACAACACAAUAUGCAAUCUGAAUUAUCGCGACUAAAUCCAGAGCUAAGACUAAACCCGGACUUAUCGCGACUAAAUCCGGAACUAUCGCGACUAAAUCCGGACUUAUCGCGACUAAAUCCUGAUUUAUCGCGACUAAAUCCGGAACUAUCGCGGUUAAAUCCGGACUUAUCACGACUAAAUCCGGAAUUAGCGCGACUUAAUCAAGAAUUAAGUAAUUUAGCUCAAAUGUAUUCUCCUGAUGAACUAGCGAGGUUGCAAGAGAUGGGACAUCUGAACGGUCGUUUCAACACUCUAAGGGGACACCUGGUACCAUACAGGAGUUGUCAGAGGACAUUGGAAACGAGUGCAGGCAAUUUACACAGAGAUUGUAGACUGGAGGAUAAUAUAACAAUUGAAUGUUUGCAUCAGAAGAGCGGUAGUAAAGUGUCAGAUCAAAGCAUCGAUUCUUGUCAGAAAUUGGGUAAAGAGAACUUGGGAUUCCAGAACGAUAAAAAUUCUCCAGUCAGAUCUUCGAUGCAAGACUGUCACCGUGGAGUGAACCAGAAUGCAGAGUCCGAAGUGUACUUUGCAGAUGUAUCUAGCUGCUGUAAUGUGUCUGUGAAGGCGGACUGCUGCAUGAAUCCAAACGUCUCAGCUCUAGUGGGCACAAUAGAGAACCACCCCGAAUCUACAUCAGAAUCUGACACCGGUUCUUUUACUUUGACUCGUCAACAACGUCCACAACCCCAGGUGGGUUCCAAACGACGUCCUCGAGCCGAAAAACAUUUGAAAACUCAAGAAAAAUUACGACAAGAUCUUAAUAAUUCAUUAAGAUUGACUGAACAACAGAUUGAGCAUUUGAAUAACUCUAUAAGAAUGAAUGAAGCCAGAUUGAAUGAACGGAAUGAUUCUAGAGAUCGAUUAAAUGAUUCUAGGGUAAAUGAUUCUAGAAUGAAUGAUUCUAGGAGUAAUGAUUCACGGUUAAAUGAUUCUAGACUUAACGAUUCUCGAUUGAUCGAUUCUAGGGUAAAUGAUUCCAGACUGAAUGAUUCUAGAGUUAAUGAUCAAAGAAUCGACCGCGAACUCAACGAUUCCCGUCUCGAAGAUCGUAGAAUGUCAGAUCUAAAUGCGAGUAUUAGACUUGAAAGCCCCAAGUCUCACGUUAGUCCUUUACGUAGAAGUCCUAAGGAAAAGGAACCUAAACAAGACAAUACUAAAGAGUUUUUUGCUAUAAGCCCUCUAUCUCCAAGUACAGAGGACACUUUGUUGUCUGAUGAUGAUAGACAGGAUCAAGUAUAUUCCAAUGAACCUGAGACUUCAAAAUGUUUAGGUCCAGAUUCUCAAUAUGAACCCGUAAGGGAGGAGAAAGAGGAAGUGUUAAAGACCAAUCACCAUCAUUGCUACAGCGAUACCAAUACUAUGGAUUCGGGAUGGCAGAGUGGUUCCGAAAAGCAGGUUACUGAUUAAGAGAAUAAACACUAUUCCAGAAUUAAAUAAUUCAUAAAUUCGAAUAAUGAUUUAAUGAAAUUCAAGAAUUAACGAUUGCGGAGUUAAUGAUUUCGGUGUUAAUGAUUCUGCAAGAAAUAUUGAGAUGGCUGUAGUAAUAUAGGACAUUCUGGUGAAUAAUGU